AUGUCUGUUAAUGGCACUCAGUUUAAUGGGACAUGGUGGGAGGUAGCACGUAACCCUGCUACCACUGAAAAUUUCGAUUGCGUCGAAGUAAAUUUUAUUAUGGAAUCCCAGAAUAUGGUGAAAAUAGAGACGACAUAUUCCAAUACCCCAAGUUAUCUGUGGGUCAAUCAGACCAUGUACACUAACAUAACAUUAGGCAAUGUGGAGAAUGGCGGUGGUUACAAUAUUUCGUACGUUAAUGGGCUCACUAACACUUCGUAUACAACCUACAAACUACUGGACACCGACUACGAAAACUACGCUUUCGUUUGUGGCUACACGAAUGCCAGCGAUCCCAGCUCCUUUUUUGGUAUUGUCCUCACACGCGAUCGUUAUCCUAAUACCACAGUUCUCAAUGGAUACGAAGACAUGGCUUCUCAGAAAUACGCAAACUUCACGAAUGGUACCAUGUCCCUGAUCACACAGUCACCAACAUGUUAUGCCGCUGGUGCCUUUGGCCUUCGAGACUGCGCAAUUUUGGCCACCAUUUUUGCAGUUGUAAAUUUCAUGAUACACCUUGCCAUGUAA